AUGGCUCGCCUAAACGACCUUCCCCCCGCUACGGAGUCCCUUGAGUCGUUGAAGCGGCGAUUUGUUCGACAGAACCGGGAAAUCGCCCGUGCAAAUUCCAUUCAAUCAGCCCGGAUAAGAACACUCGAAUCGGAAGUAUCUCGCCUUCUUACCCAGAACGUUGCCCUCCGCGAAGAGAUUAGCUGGCUGAAUAGGGAGCUGGAGAAACGUCAGGGUAGUGACCGACUUGACACCCAGUUGUGCUCCGUUAAAGAGAAACUUGAAACGAAAUUGGCAGAACUAUCAGCUUUGGUGACAGACCUUGGCUCACUUCCCCAAAAGGGAGGACACAGUGCUGCGUUGAAGCGAACAUCGGAUUCUUCUAAUCCUCUGCAAUCUCCCACCGUCCCACGUCGACCUGCAGUCAAACCUGAACUGGAUUCUUCGAUUUCAGAUCCCGACAGAUUGCCCGUGAUCUUGGAGGAUAAAUAUUAUCCAAGAUUUACCCCAGAGGUGGAAGUUCCGGAGUCGCCAAUAUACGAUAAAUCUGAUGGGGAUAUAUCCGCCGGCAUAGGGCCACCACCAAUCCUUUCCUUCGCUGCUGAUUCCAUCAACCCCUUUGCAACAGAAGAAUCUCCUAGGAAUGCCCAAAGCUACGGUAGCAGCCCACUGUCCCAAAAUAAAUCGCCCACCUUUGAACCAAGGAGGAGACGGCGGGACAGUUCGUUCUUACAGGAUAUAAUUCCUGAUGCGGAACCCUUUACAGAGUCGGAUAACCGUGGCUGCCAUCCUCAGCGAGCUGGAUCAAAACGCAAGUUUGCCGUACGAGAAGAAGAAGAUUUCAACCCCGCCUACUCAAGUGACCUAGACGGGUUCCAAUUCACCCGAUUAAACAUAUUACCUGAGGGCCUGUCCCAAGAGACAGCUACAGGCAUUGAAAACCAACCGAUGCAAUCGGCCGGAAAGCAGGAACCGCAACUCACGACAGGCAAGAAACCUGGGCGUCGUGCCUUGGGUCCGAAAAACACAAAUACGAACCUCAGAUCACCAGCUAAAAAGGCAUCCGAAAUGGCCAAGUCAACUACUGAAGAGAGGCGCUCUCUUGCACGAACCAAAGUUAAGCCGCGAAACAGAUCCGCAUCAGAAGAACGCAGUGGUUACAACAAUGAGGGGGGCAUCAUCAAGUCCGAUUUGAGUCAAGUAGCAUCCGACUCUGGUUCAGCACAUAUUACUCUCGAAGCCAAGGAGAUAAGCACAAACCCAGACUCUAUUAUAGAUCGUGCCUCAAAUUCGGAAGAUAUAGUUCUCCCAGAUCCAGACCCUUCAGACCAUAACGCGUCAACAACUACAAGAACCCGCCAAUCUAGACGUUCAAGAGGCCCGGUCAGCUAUGCAGAGCCGAAUCUACGAGACAAAAUGCGUCGGCCCACAGAGGUAUUCGUUGACGCUGUGGGGGAAGAUAGGUUUCGGCGCAUGUCUAAAUCACAACCAGAACAAUUCGAAAAAGAGCACACAGUCUAUGAUCAAUCUGAUCAUUGUGAAUCGAUAGGUUCAUCACAUGAAAUAAACGAACAGAGAACAAAAGUGCUUUCUGCCUCCACACCCGGCACGACUGGCCACAAUUUGGGGCAAUCAACGUCCAGUAUCGCUAUUUCGGCCCUUGUUGCGGGAGGCAAAAAACGUUGCCAGAGCAGGAGACAAAGUGAAUCUCGGAGAUAUUCUUCGAAUCCGUUACUUAGUGCCAACCGUUUCGCCGGGGAAGGGUUGGAUGGGUCAACGUUAAUAUCGAAUGCGAGUGGUACAGCGUCUCCCGUGGAUAUUUCAUUUGAUGGGAGCACAGAGGACAUUGCGCAUAGCCAAAAUACGUCUUUUCACACUGAAAUUACCGAGUCAGCCAAUAUGCACGGAGCCCCAGCGCAGCGUGGCCCUGCCACAAGAAGGCGAAGCAUGAUGGUCUAA